UAUGCUUAAUGUCCUGUCAUUUCAAAUUUUACAAAUUUUCUAUGGCUUUUAUCAAAAAUUUUAAGUGAUCUUAAACCUAUAGAAAGUGAUGAAUUCAGACAGAACUGACUAUGAUACUGUCUCAAUUGGCAUUGGAUUAGGUGUAUUUUGUCUUCCGUUAACAUUGCUAAUCCCAGAUUUCUCAGUGUGGAAUACUAUACCGAAGUUCAGAGUGUCACGGUUCCACAUCAUAACCCAGUACCUCACCCCAAGGCAACUGAAUAUUGCAUUAAUUGUGGUGCAAUUUGUGCUGUUCUUAUUGUUCCUCGAAAUUCGGAAGCGAAAACUUCAAGAAAUGGUGGAAGCAGUGUUGACGGUGACAAGAGGAACAGAUACUACCAUGGAUGAAGAGCGUGUCAAGCAAGCGGCUGCAGUAAAAGCCUGCGUAGAGUUGCUUGACGUAUCCACCGAUCAUUACGAAAACCUCGUCCUUCUGAAAGACGAAAUUCGGAAGAGAGAAAUGUCUAAGCAACAUCCACCGUUUAUUGAACCUAGUACCUCGAGUGUAUAAGACGAAAUUAUUUUAUAAUGUUCUUGUAAUUAAUGUACCUAUUUGUAAUAAAAA